CAUUUUGGCUUCCCACGUGCCUUAGCGAAUGCAAAGUCGAAGUUGGUGUCGCUCAUCAUGUAUGCGGAGGCGGUUCUCAUUGCAGCAGGGUUCCUGUUCGCCAGCGUCUUGUCGCAAGCACCUUCGCGAACUUGUUCUACUACUGGAACCACCACCGUUUAUACAAAUGAACAGAUAACAGCUUUAGCAGAAUGCGUUACUUUGGCGAUAUCAAUGUCAUGAGAUCUAAUCCAAGUGGAUCUGGAACCUCAACUCAAUCAUCAUCCAAGCCCCUCGAAACUAUCGAUCUUGCUGGCCUUGAAAAAGUAGACGGCAACAUAGAAAUCUACGAUCCACCGGGCCUAACAACGAUUUCGGGCCCCAAUCUAAAGGAAGUGAAAGCCUUAGUCAUGAAUUCAAACACUCUUACAACAAUUUCUUUGGAAGAGCUUCAGUAUACCGAGCUUUUCCAGAUCUACAAGGCACCCUUGCUGGGCAUUGUAGAAUUCGGUACUGGACUCAAUAUCUCGGAAUUACGCAUUUCAGGCCAAUAUAAUGCACCUUUCUUGAAAUUUCGCGUCACUAGCCUGAACUGGCUUUGGUUUGGGGCGAGCGGAAUCACGCAAUUUGUCAUGGAAACGGAUCAAGUGAAAUUGAUCACGCUGAACGAUAGCUUCUAUCAUGACACAUCCACUGUAUCCUUCCCAGAAUUGACCACUGUAGACGGAUUCAACUGCAGCUACUGCUCCAACGUCUCUGCUCCUCGACUCGAGUCAAUCCCAGGGAUGCUGAAUAUCCAAGAAAGCCAAAUGGAGAUCAACUUUCCGAACUUAACCCGGGUAGGAGGCGACCUGAUCAUCGGCGACUCGAGGAUAGAGAAAUUGGAUUUCCCGGUGCUGGAGCGUGUAGGUAGUCUGAAAGUGACAAACAACACUGGUGUGAAGGAGUUCACAUCGGAUGCGGGUCUCCCCUCCCUACGCAACGUUGAUAACCUGAUCAACAUCACUGGAGAAUUUGAUGAGAUCUACAUGUCCAAUCUCACAUCCGCUGGCACUGUGUCUGUUCUCUCAACUUCAAAAUCCAUGGACUGCACCACCUUUGACCGCCUCAACGCCUCACAGCAGAUCAAUGGCUCAUACACUUGCAACGGAACCCAUAAUCAAAACAACUCCGACCGCCCCAAGGAAACUCCUGAACCCGAACCAGGUCUAUCAACAGGCGCAAAAGCUGGGCUAGGCGUUGGUAUAGCAAUCGCCGUCCUGGCUCUCCUUCCCUCUACGGCAUUCUAUCUCAUGCGCCGAAGGAACAAGGCAAAGUCCAUCACCCCGUUGCUGGAAGAGAAAGGAUAUGAGAAGCCAGAGAUCGAUGGGGUUGAGAAACCUAGAGGGGAGAUGGAUGGCGGAGCCAGGGCUGAAGUGGCAGGGGAUGAGCGGGUGAGCAAGUUCGUGGAAGAAAUGCCGAAUGGGACGGAGGCGCAUGAGUUGCCGGGAGUGAUACCGAACGGGAAGAAUGCUGCGCAGGAAUUGCCUGGAGAGCACGGCGUGAGCGAGGUAGAAGGUAGUGAUAAAAAGGCGGUUCAUGUUGUUAAGGGCACGCAUGAAUUGGCUAGUUGA